GUAGCUAUGGGCAAUCUAGUUCUAAAGGAUGCUGUAAGGAGAGAAUUCGAAGAUUUAAAGAGCGAUUUGAAUCAAGGCAAUAUCCCCAAAGUGGCAGCAGAAUACCAAAAACAGUUAAAUGAAAUGAUGAGUCUGCCCCUUAAUAUCGCAGUUACUGGAGAUGCCGGUGUUGGGAAAUCCUCUUUUGUCAAUGCCUUCCGAGGUGUAAGUGAUGAUGAUAAUGAAGCAGCCGAGGUUGGGCCAGGGAAAGAAACCAGGGAGCUAAAGGCCUAUCUUCACCCUUCAUUCCCUAAUAUAAAAAUAUGGGACCUCCCAGGGAUCGGAACCUAUAAGGUUAAAGCAGCGGAAUAUCUGAAGAAGGUCCAAUUUGAAAGAUAUGAUGUCUUUAUUUUGGUUAUUUCUGAUCGUUUUACUGAAAACAAUGCUAUGCUGGCAAAGGAAAUCCAAAGAAUGAAGAAGAAGUUUUACUAUAUGUGUAGCAAAAUUGAUGUCACUAUCAACAAUGAAAAGAGGAAAAGGAAUUUCAAUAUGGAAAACACCUUGGCGACUAUGAGGAAAUAUUGUGAAGAUAGUUUGAAAGAGGCAGUUGGGGUUUCCUCAAGUGUGUUUCUGGUAUCCAACCGGAAGAUAUACAUGUAUGAUUUCCCUCACCUGCACGGGAGAAUAGCCGCUGAACUGCCUGAUCACAAAAAAGAUAUUUUAACACUGGCUGUGCAUAUUUUCUCAGAAAAUGAAUUGAUGAGGAAAAAAGAGCUAAUGAAAUCUUAUAUAAAGAAGGUAGCCUUGAUAUCUUGUGCUUGUGGAGCGGUGCCUGUCCCGGGUCUCUCUAUGGCUUGUGAUGUUGGAAUUUUGAUAGAUGUUCUGAGACGUUUCUGCAGGGUGUUUGGCUUAGAUGACCGGUCCCUCCGCUUUCUGGCACUUCAGAUGGGAAAAGAAUUUCAAGAGCUGAGGUCGGCUAUUAAGAAAACCCCCUUAGCCAACGCAAUCAAUGCAGAUUUGGUUUUUUCUCUCUUGACAAAGUCAUCUCUCUGGGUCGCCGUAUUGAUGGUGGAAAUGGCUCUUGAUAUUAUACCUCUUAUCGGGUCUGUGUUUGGUGGUGCGAGUUCAUACAUAGUCACGUAUUAUUUUCUGAACAGCUUUCUUGAUGAUGCUGUGGAAGACGCCCAAAAUGUUAGAGCAAAACUUCUUCAGCAACCAGAAUCCCAGAGAAAGUUUAAAGACACCUCCCAAAACCUCCUCUGAAGGAAACAAUCCAGCAUUUCAUCCAAACGAAACUGG